AAGAAGCGAGAGUGGGGAGAGCAGGGGCUGUUGCCGGCGGUGUAGCCAAGGGCGCUGGGCGCGCCCGGCGCUUCGGGCGGUGUUGGUUAUGGCUUCGCCCCUGGCGCCUCGACGGGACCUUGCGGGCCGGGAGAAUAAGGACCGCUGGGAGGCGCGGGGGGACCGCAAGGCCCGGAAGCCCCUGGUGGAGAAGAAGCGGCGCGCGCGGAUCAACGAGAGCCUGCAGGAGCUGCGGCAGCUGCUGGCGGGCACCGAGGUGCAGGCCAAGCUGGAGAACGCCGAGGUGCUGGAGCUGACCGUGCGGCGCGUGCAGGGAGUGCUGCGGGGCAGGGCUCGCGGGCGCGAGCAGCUGCAGGCAGAAGCCAGCGAGCGCUUCGCAGCCGGCUACAUCCAGUGCAUGCAUGAGGUGCACACGUUCGUAUCCACGUGCCAGGCCAUCGACGCCACCGUCGCCGCCCAGCUCCUGAACCACCUGCUUGAGUCCAUGCCACUGCGAGAGGGCAGCAGCUUCCGGGAUUUGCUGGGGGACACUCUGGCCGGGCCCCCGGGAGACCCUAGGCGAAGCAGCUGGCUCACAAGAGGGGCCCUGGUGUCCCCAAUACCCAGCCCCCCUGUCCCCAGCCCCCCAGUUCCCGGGGAUGACCUGUGCUCCGACCUGGAGGAGGCCCCGGAGGCUGAACUGAGCGGAGCAUCUGCAGAGGGCCUGCACUUGGUGCCUGUGGCUUUGGGCAGCCUGACCUCUAGGGGCAUAGUCCAGAGCAUCUGGAGGCCUUGGUGACCAACACCAGCCUGCCAGUCCUGAGCCUGCAAAGGUGGGCCCAGCCUUCCCACCUCUAGUUCCUCCUCCCUGGAGUCCGGAUGUGGUGGGGCAGGGUCCUGAUGUCUCCCACAUCUGUCCUUUUCUAGUGGAUGGCUUGUAGGGAAGUCCUGGAUAACCCUUUCCUUAAGAGAGUAACUUUUAUGGACCCCACCCCCAGCUUAAGUAGAGAGCUGCAGAGCUACCAGGGCUCCCAGGCUUUUGCCUGUCUACCCUUCUUAGGCACUGUGUGGACCUGGGGGCAGGGGUGACCGGAGUGGUGCUGAGCCUCUCCUCAGUGCAGGGCACUAGUGUUGGGGCAGAAGGAGACCUCAGGCCCUGGCAGCCCUGAGCUGAGCAGAAACUUGAACUUGCCACUUCAGCCAAGGCACAGGGGAGGCAGGUGCAGAAUUGCCCUUAGCUGUCAGAGAGAAGCAAGGCUUUCUGUAUGUCUUGCAUUUAGCAGACUUGAGUUUGUAAAUUAGGUUGGUAUUGAACAUUCCAAUUCUACUAAAUAAACGAUUUUGGAGAGUUA